UCUCUGUUUCCAAAUAGCAGCCGAGCAGGGCUUAUGGUGAGAGGAGGCCUUGGCAGGGAGGAGAAGGGAAGGGGAGAGAGGCAGACGGCAGACAGGCUCAUCCACCCUAAACACUGCAACAGUCAAAGUCGAGAGUACAGAGAGGAGAAGAGUGUAAAGAAAAGGAGCAGAAAUGGGGCAGGGGGAGAAAGGUUCUUCAAACAAGAAAGAGGGCAAGGAGUGGAGAGAUGAAAGCCCAGCGCCAGAGGACGGCCAUAAGUGCAGAGUCUGCCGUUUCCCUCUGCUCGUCGCCUUGCUCCAGCUGCUGUUGGGGGUGGCCGUCACGGCCGUGGCCUUCCUCAUGCUGGCCAUCAGCCCCUCACUCCUGGCCAGGGAGACGCCACACUGGGCUGGGAUCAUUCUGUGCUUAGUCUCCAUCCUGGGCUUUAUCCUGUACUGCAUCACCUACCGCCCUGAUGAGCGGUCAUCUAUGGGAUUCAUUGUCAAGCUCCUGUACUUUGUCCUGUGCACCAUCGGCCUGGUCAUUUCAGUGCUGGUCAUGGCGUUUGCUGGUCACCACUACUCACAGACCAGUAGCUUCAGCUGUGAGCAGGGUGGAGAGGCCUGCGUGUGCAAACUGGAUCAGGACGACCCGAUAGCCCGCACCUUUGCCUACGAGGGGGUCAGCGACUGUGAGGUGAUCACCGGCACACUCACGCUCUACUUCCUGCUACAGAUCGUGCUGAACCUGGCCCAAGCACUGGUCUGUGCCGUCGGCGUCUACGUCAUGUGGAAGCAGCGUUACCAGGUCUUUUUCACCGGCCUUCAGAUCGGCUCCCCGUCCUCCAGGCGGUGGCAGAAGGUUUAACGUGAUGAUGACAGAGUUGAUGGGAUGACUCUGAUCAGACAGAUCAGGAUGGAGGAUAAUGCCGUCUGUGUGAUCACACUCUGGACAAGAGCGCUUUCACUGAUGUCAGUUUAUAUCACCCUUUUGUGGUAGCUGUACUAUAAUGGCUUUUUGCACAAAUUUUGUAUACCAUAUAAGUGACUUUGUAUUUCCAGUGUUCAGUGUUAUGUAUACCAUGAAUAGAUGAAUAGGAGAAAAACAACAGGUCAGAAAUCAAUCAUCGAUGUUCCACCAUAGUUAAUUUUUCACCAUGUUUCUAAUUAUCUCUGCAGUUGCUCUUGUGACGUACUGCUCGUGGACUAAUUACAAACACUGAAAACAAAAUAGCUCAUUUGCUCUGCACUUAACUAAAUGUACACGGCCUUACAAAAUGUCCUGUGGUUUGAAUUACUGAGGUUUAAUGAUUAGCUGCACCAGUGAUGCUUUAGGUGGCACACUGAAUCACUGUGUUGUUAAAUUAUGGUUAGCAAACGUUAUAUAUAUAAAGCUCUGGAAAACAGUGUUCGUAAAGUUAAAAAGGUUUGAUUUAAGUGAAAAGUUUGUUUCUUUUCAAGCAGAAAAUCAUAUUAUAUUGAAAUUUUUAAAGGGCCUGCUGUAUUUUCACAUUGUUUGACACAUGAAGAAAGCAACAAGGUGGCUCAAUCCCCUGAAAACCUGUGUUUUAUUUCUUUUGCUAAUAUAUAAACUCAUGCCACUCUGUAAAUACUGCGCAAAAUCCUGAAUGAAAAGUCACUUUUCAGCUGAUAGAAGUAAGCCUGUAACACUCCAAACAGUCCAGUUAUAUGCGCUAAAAACAGAUCCUGACAGCAGUAACACAAUCUGGCCAGAGCUCUCUUCAUGAGACUGAAUCCAGACUGAACUGGGCUGUGGCUUGCGAAGGUGGAAGCCGGGCCAGUAGCCAGCAUGACUCAAACAGCCUGUAGGAGUCAAACCACUGCAGCCACAAAAGGAGGGGAGAAGGGGCCGGGGUGAGGAAAGGGGGACUCCAGACAGGCAGCUGGACUUCGGGUAACUAAAUCAUCUCACUGUGUUUACAAGGUUUCGGUUGUUUUCAUUCAGGCAGGAUAGAGAAAAAGGGAUGAAACAACCAUGAGGGCUUAGGUUUGUAUCUAUAAAAUGCUUUUUCUUAUGCAACUUUACUGUAUUCUUUCUCAUCUCAGGUGCCGACAGCAGUCACCUGCAGCCUGUACUCGCUGAGCAGGGAAUGGUAAAAGUGAGGCGGCUUCUGUAGCCAAUUAGAUGAAGCAUGUUCCUCAGAGGGAGAAUGUAAUUAGUGUGCAAUGUUACGUUUGUCAGUGAAGAAAAAAGGUUGAUUGACUGUGGGAUGAUAUAUAAAAACCCAACAUUUUUCACAGAAGCCUUAAAUGUGGUGUUUGAGAAAGGAGCGUUUCAUUCGGAUAAAACAAUCUGCCAAUAAGUGCACUUCCUCUUUUGAGACUUUCAUACUGUUUGUGGUAACAAAUACAAA